ACCAGCUUACUAGUAUCGUUCCGACUCUCGUAUCAAUCUCUCGUUGCUCUCUUUUUCUAUCUUUUUUCUUUUCUUUUCGAUCUCCCUCUCUCUAUCUGUCUGUCUGUCUGUCUCUCUCUCUCUCUCCCUCUUUGCCGCCUGGUCCGCGCGACGCGUCGACUGCUGGAGCUCCUGUUCCCUUGACAGUUCCCUCGAGUUCGGGCGAGCCUUAUGUGUCCCGAGUCGAUCGAUUCUUGCCGAAGUGACGAUUUUGCUCCAGUGCCGAUCGUUCGAUCGAUUACGGCCUCCUUGGCCGCCGUUUUGACAGUUCAGAGGAAACCCAUUAGCUUGACGAUAGAUGGAGACGAAGACGGAACCGCUGACGCCGCCGCAAACACCUCCAACCGUGGACAGAUCGAUGCAUAAUCAUCAGCAGCAGCAACAGCAGCAGCAGCACCACGUGCCGUUUCCCAGGUGGACCAGGUCCCAGCCUUACCCUGUCGGCAGGUAUCUUCAGCAGCAACAACACGUCCAAGCGACGCACCAGAACGUCGGUGGCUACCAGGCCACCUUCUUGGACACCUGGCUGAAAGGCGCGGCCCUGCUCGCGGUCCGAGGUUGCUGUCCUCAGACUCGUCCGCAUUUCUAUUAUCAUCAGACCCAUCAGAAUAUGAUCCCGGUGCCGCCGCCCGCGCCCUCGUUCCUCGCGAGAAGAUCGCCGGGUCAGAGGCCGAAGAAGCAGUUCAUUUGCAAGUUUUGCAAUCGACAGUUCACCAAGAGCUACAACCUGCUGAUCCACGAGAGGACCCACACCGACGAGCGCCCGUACUCGUGCGACAUAUGCGGGAAGGCCUUUCGCAGGCAGGAUCAUCUGCGGGACCACCGAUAUAUACACAGCAAGGAAAAGCCAUUUAAAUGCACCGAAUGCGGCAAGGGAUUCUGCCAGAGCAGAACUCUAGCGGUGCACAAAAUUCUGCAUAUGGAGGAGUCGCCGCACAAAUGCAACAUCUGCGGCCGGAGCUUCAACCAGAGGAGCAAUCUGAAGACGCAUCUGAUGACGCAUUCGGAGGUGCCGCAAGACCUCAGGAUCGAGCCUCAGGUGUCCUCGGAUUCGACCAGAAUCAUCACCACAGAGGUCAGACAGAUGGAGCGAAUAAGCAACCUUCUGCCGAUUCAAAGGACCGCGCCGAAGCUCGGCUUCAGCAUAGAAGACAUCAUGAGACGUUAAGAGAUUCAUUUUAUCCCGAAUUCGCUGAGAAAAAAAUUCUUGACUUGAUUAAAUUUCAAUAUUAUUUUGUUAAUUAAACAUAUAAAAAUAUUUUAAUUAAACAGCAUUAAAUCUCAACGAAACGUAUAUUUCACUUAAUUACUAAUAUAU